AUGGAAAAUUGUCUCAAAUGUGAAGACAAUGAGUGGCCAAAUCAGGAGAAGACCCUGUGUAUUGAGAAGCAAACUGAAUUUCUUUCCUAUGCUGGUGAUCCCCUAACUCAAAUCUUUAUUAUCUCAUCUGUAAUCCUUUUUAUAAUAGCAGCAGUUAUACUGGGAAUCUUUAUUUCAUUCCGAGACACCCCAGUAGUGAGAGCCAAUAAUCACACUCUGAGCUUUAUUCUCCUUGUCUCCAUCAAGCUGAGCUUCCUCUCUGUGUUUCUGUUCCUCGGUCGCCCUGUGGAUAUAACCUGCAUGCUCCGGCAAACCUCCUUUGGGAUCACCUUCUCCAUAGCUGUGUCUUGUGUCCUGGCCAAGACUCUCAUGGUUUCCAUUGCAUUCAAAGCCACCAAGCCUGGGAAUCCCUGGAGAAAAUGGGUUGGGGUAAAACUGGCAAAUGGGCUUGUUUUUAUUUUCUCAUUAAUUCAGUCCCUAAUUAGUGUUAUCUGGUUGGUCAUUGCACCCCCUUAUGUGGAGCACAACACACAUUCUGAACCUGGACAAAUCAUCAUUCAGUGCAAUGAGGGCUCAGCCAUUGGCUUCUAUAUUGUCCUCUCCUACAUGGGACUGUUGGCAUCUGUGAGCUUCAUUGUAGCUUUCUUGGCUCGGAGCUUACCGGACAGUUUUAAUGAGGCCAAGUACAUCACUUUCAGCAUGCUG